GGAAGUCGACCGGGGUACUGGUUCCCCCAGUUACCUGACACCGUCUCUUACCUCUACAUAUUCUUGCGGAAAACGAACUGCGAAAGGGGUAGCCUUUGAUUUUGAGCUCGCCUUCUCUGAUCGCCGCCGGCGAUCUCUCCGCCGUAUUACCUUUAAGGCUGUUGCUGUUUUUUUUUUGCCUUUUUUUUUUCUUUACCUAUCUACGCUGCUGAACUACCGAUCUAGUGCCUUUGGUUUGGUGUCCGUUUUUGUUUGAUCUUUCGGCCGGGCAGUUUGGGGAAGGAAGGGUAGAGUGGGAAAGAGAGAUUGAGACUAGGGUUAAAGUUCUUGCAUUCCAGGAACGUUGGGAUUGGCUUGAGCUGUCAUUUUGAUCUUGAAAGUGAAUCAGAAGACAGAUGUUUAGGAAGAACGAUUCGGCCCUGUCUUGCUUUUAUCUGUUCCUUCUUUGGUUCUUCUUCCGCAAGUCGUGAAAUAGAUCCCGGAAGCUAAGCUGCUGCCGGGAGUUCUUGGAGAUAUCACGAAGAGUUCGGACGCGAUUGAUUCGGAGAGGGUCGAUCGAUGUUCGACCUAAACUUGGCGUCUUCUGACGACUCGGCUGCGAUGGAGGGAAAGAUCGUCGCCGUCGAUUACGGCGGAUCCGGUGAUUCCGGAAGUUCCAAUUCGUCCUUCCUCAGCGUCGAGGCCCCAGUCGAUCUGGCCGAUGGCGACUGCUGCUGUACUCUUCCCGCUCCGGCCUUCCAGUUCCUCAUCUUGAAGAGCUCCGCCUCUAAAAGUGUGGCGGGAGAUAGUGCAGAUGACGAUCGGGUAGUCCAGCCUGGAUUAUUCACCAUGCAGUUACUUCCGCCGGAGCCGGCGCCGGCGCUGGCGAUUUCGCAAACUUCACAGUUGACGGGUGUAGCGCCUCCUUUCUCGUGUUCCUCCGGCCCGCAGUCGAUCGAUUUCUCGUUCUCCAAACACGAGUCGCGGAUGGAUUUUAGGAUUUUCAAUCAGCAGCAGCAACCGCAAGUGAAGAAGAGUCGCCGUGGGCCACGGUCUCGGAGCUCUCAGUACCGUGGUGUUACGUUUUACCGCAGAACAGGGAGAUGGGAAUCGCACAUCUGGGACUGCGGCAAACAAGUAUAUUUAGGAGGCUUCGACACAGCUCACGCUGCUGCAAGGGCUUAUGAUCGCGCUGCAAUUAAGUUUCGAGGAGUUGGUGCUGAUAUCAACUUUAGCCUUUGUGAUUAUGAAGAGGAUCUAAAACAGAUGAUGGAUUUGUCAAAGGAAGAAUUUGUGCAUAUUCUUCGUCGCCAAAGCACUGGAUUUUCAAGGGGAAGUUCUAAAUAUAGAGGAGUGACCCUUCACAAGUGCGGCCGCUGGGAAGCUCGCAUGGGACAAUUCCUUGGCAAGAAGUAUAUAUAUCUUGGGCUAUUCGACAGCGAAAUAGAAGCUGCAAGGGCUUAUGACAUGGCUGCUAUAAAGUAUAAUGGGAAGGAAGCUGUUACCAAUUUUGAGCUAAGUAAUUACGAUACAGAACUACUUGGCACGGGUGACAGUGAAGGUCAUCUUGUGGAUCUGAACUUGAGUAUUGCCCAACCAGUUGUCCAACUUCCAAGGGGAAUUCCUAAUCCACUGGCUAGUCCUUCUGACGUUUCUAAUGCUGGCAAAACAAAUAUUGACCAUCUGCCUUGGCAAAUGAAAUCUAUCCCACCUAUCUCACCGGAUCCACCAGGGCAUUCUCUUUUAUGGGCUGCUCGUUUUUAAUUUCCUAUGAUCAAGACAACUGCAGGAUAGAGGGAGUGAAGAGCCUCAGACGAUUGGCCAUCUCCAAUUAUACUUUUUCCACUGCUCGUGCAGCAGCAUCAGGAUUUUCUCGAAUAUCUUUUCCCGUGAUGACUGCCCAUCCUCGCUUCACAUCACCUUCCACGACCAUCAACGCCAUUUCUGCCCUCUGAGCUUUGCUGCUACAAUAUCGAUAUCAGCAGGCUAAGAAAGAACACUGCAUGCGCAACAAGCAGUAACAAUUGACUUGUUUCUAUUUUCAUGGCGCUGCAUGCUUCUAUUAGUAGGCGACGCGAAGCGAAGCUCGGCAACAUUACUACCCUUUGGCAAUCUGUGUGAAUAUUGAAUAUAUAACUAAAUUGGUCGGUUUGAGAAUGGUGGAUGUUGGUGAGAUUGUUUGUUGCUGGUCUCGAGAUGGACGAUUGCUUGAGUGUGGUACAAUGCUUGAUUGAAAUGGGAUUGCUUGCUUAAAGAAAA